AUUUCGAGCGCCAGACCAUGAGCAAGAUUGUUGUCUCGUGGGAUGUUGCGGAAGAGGGUGUGAUCCGAUGAUCAUUCUGGCCUGAUCGCGCCUGAAUUCGGGGUCCUCAAAGAGGCACGUGGGGUCAGAUGAGCGGUCUCUUGUGAUUGGUUGAUGAUGCGUAAGGCUGCCUUGUCUGAAAAGGUACCCUUUUGUUUGUCCUCCACAUGCUCGAGGUACCUGGUGUGUGCAUCGAGGUAUUAUUCAGAUUCUUUGGAAUAUCACCCCGGCCUUCUCUAAGCAUCAACCUAUAACUCUCACCAUUUAACCUUUCUGGCUUGUGACCUGUCGCCAUAAUCGGAAUAACAUGCCUCAGAUUCCUGCUGAGGUGAUUCUACAGAUCAUCGAAUGUCUUGUCCCAUCAGUUCAUCCUGUCGCAUUUCCACCAGCGCACCCGGUAACCCAAACAUUAACCAGCCUCACUCUGGUAUCCAGCCUCACACACCGCACAGCAAAGCAGCUUCUUCUCAAGCACUGCCUAUACCUGGACUCUGACAAACGGCUGGAUCAUGUUCUUCCGCAGCUUCACACGGACGAUGCAAAACAACAAGCGAAUCCGAUGGGACUCUUCUUGGCUCCAUUCCCGGACAAUAGCCUCGAGGAGCCCCAGGUGGUAAAGCAGGUUGACCAACUAUCAUCUCACGUCUGUGGUAAUCUACGGCGUCUCGUAAUUGAUGUUCCGCUGCGGUAUCUCUAUCCGGAAGAAGAUGUACAAGGGUUACGAAAAAUAAUACGGGCAUCCUUCAUCCGCCUAACGAACCUGGAAGAGUUCUGUUCUGUUCAGGACGAGAUGUACUGCGAUACUACAGAGCACGGAAUUGAGCCGCCCGUAUGGUCAUUAUGGCCACGCCUUAAACACCUGGCGCUAUACAACCAGAGCGUAGAAGGGCUUGGGUUCCUACAGGCCCUUCAACGGUGUCCAAACCUCACUCAUCUCGUCCUCACACGGCCAGACGGCCUAACAGAGGCUAUAGACCAGGGUAUGGAGGGCCAUAAGUGGUGGUCAUUCUUGAAACGUGUUGUCAUUAUAAACACUGCAGGAGGUCAUGAGAUAGAGUUGAAAACGCGAGAACCUGACUGGUCGACGAGCUUUUUGGGGCACAUGGUGCGUCUUCAACACUCCCCCCGCUCUGUAUCCAAUAUUUUGCCCCACGACGCAAAUCCUGUAUUAGAAUACAUAACUGUGAUUCCUCCACCUGGCCGAGAAACAGAGGACAUCGACCUUUGUCAGGAGUUCGUCCAGCAGCAUGCUGUCCAAGGGACACUGUGGAGCUACCCGGGAGUUCGCUAUUCACUCGAUCACUGAGGAUCCAAAUCAUACGAUCGAGAAGCGUUCUUUUAUGAAAGUGGAUGCCAAGGCCUACAAUAAGAAUACUGAGAAUGUAUCAUUCAUAUACACUCAAUGGUUUUAAACAACUAUGAGUAGUCCAGGGUUACUCUUAGGACUAUACGGCUCUGAUUUCAAAUGCCAUCCACUCAUCAAGCCACAGUGGCGCUAUUAUGCAUGACAACCCGUAUUCUCCGAAAACAGUGGCUGCACAGCCAACUUAUUUACGGUUAGAAGAGAAUAUCUUAUCUAAUUCAAGCCACGCCGACAGUAAGUCCGCUCCAAUUAACGGAUUUAUCUGUCCUCAUCACGCCGAUGUGUAAGCCCUACUGGAUACUAAAAUCCUUUAAUCAUUAUUAGAGUUACCUAGGUAGGCUGUUUUAGCUACUGGAUACGUUAGGUUGCCUGCGGGGUACCACCAGUAUA